UCAGAAUUCAUUUUGACAACCGAGGAAAGCUGGCCUCUGCUGACAUUGAGACUUAUCUUCUGGAAAAAUCUCGUGUGACCUAUCAGCUCAAAGCUGAGAGGGACUAUCACAUUUUCUACCAGAUCUUGUCUCAGGCAAAGCCUGAACUUCUGGAAAUGUUGCUUAUCACCAACAACCCCUACGACUACGCCUUCAUCUCCCAAGGAGAAACGACAGUAGCCUCUAUCAAUGAUUCUGAAGAGCUGAUGGCCACUGAUGAUGCCUUUGAUGUGCUGGGCUUCACUCAAGAAGAGAAGAACAGCAUUUACAAGCUGACUGGUGCUAUCAUGCACUAUGGGAACAUGAAGUUUAAGCAGAAGCAGCGAGAAGAACAGGCAGAGGCUGAUGGCACUGAAGUUGCUGACAAAAUUGCAUAUCUGAUGGGCCUGAACUCUGCCGACCUGAUCAAAGGUCUCCUUCACCCGAGAGUCAAAGUCGGAAAUGAGUGGGUCACCAAGGGACAAAAUGUCGCCCAGGUGUACUAUGCUGUAAGUGCACUGUCUAAAUCAGUGUAUGAGAAGAUGUUUUUGUGGAUGGUAGUGAGAAUUAAUCAAUCCCUGGACACCAAGCAGCCUCGCCAGUACUUCAUUGGUGUACUGGACAUUGCUGGAUUUGAGAUCUUUGAUUUCAACACCUUUGAGCAGCUGUGCAUCAACUUCACCAAUGAAAAACUGCAACAGUUUUUCAACCACCACAUGUUUGUGCUGGAGCAAGAAGAGUACAAGAAAGAGGGCAUUGAAUGGACUUUCAUCGAUUUUGGCAUGGAUUUGCAAGCCUGUAUUGACCUGAUUGAAAAGCCCAUGGGUAUCAUGUCCAUCCUUGAAGAGGAGUGCAUGUUCCCCAAAGCCUCUGAUUCCACCUUCAAAGCUAAGCUCUAUGACAACCAUCUGGGGAAGUCUGGUAACUUCCAGAAGCCCAGAGUUAUCAAAGGGAGACCAGAGGCCCACUUUGGCCUGAUGCACUAUGCUGGAACUGUUGAAUAUAAUAUCAACAACUGGCUGGUGAAGAACAAAGAUCCUCUGAAUGAGACUGUUGUUGGACUCUACCAGAAGUCCAAUCUCAAGCUGUUAUCUAUCCUGUUUAUGAAUUACGCUGGAGCAGAGUCAGAAGCGAAGGGCGGCAAAGGAGGAGGAAGCAAGAAGAAAGGUUCAUCCUUCCAAACCGUGUCUGCUUUGCACAGGGAGAACCUGCAUAAGCUGAUGACCAACUUGAGGUCUACUCACCCUCACUUUGUACGCUGCCUCAUCCCCAAUGAGACCAAGACUCCUGGGGCCAUGGAGAACCCUCUGGUGAUGCACCAGCUGCGCUGUAACGGUGUGCUGGAAGGCAUCAGGAUCUGCAGGAAGGGCUUUCCCAACAGGGUCCUAUAUGGAGAUUUCAAACAGAGGUACCGUAUUUUAAACCCUGCUGCCAUUCCCGAGGGACAGUUUAUCGACAACAAGAAAGCUGCCGAGAAACUGUUGGGUUCUCUGGAUAUUGACCACAGCCAGUACAAACUGGGACACACCAAGGUGUUCUUCAAAGCGGGACUGCUGGGUCUGCUAGAGGAGAUGCGAGAUGACCGGCUUGCACUAAUCAUCACUGGCAUCCAAGCACGGUCUAGAGGCCUUCUGGCAAGAAUUGAAUUCCAGAAGAUUGUCGAACGCAGGGAUUCACUAUUAGUGAUCCAGUGGAACAUCCGUGCCUUUAUGGUCGUCAAGAAUUGGCCCUGGAUGAAGUUGUACUUCAAGAUUAAACCUCUAUUGAAAUCAGCAGAGACUGAGAAGGAGAUGGCCAACAUGAAGGAAGAGUUUGCCAAACUUAAAGAGGCUUAUGCAAAAUCAGAGGCCCGCAAGAAGGAGCUUGAGGAGAAAAUGGUCUCUCUUCUCCAAGAGAAGAACGACCUGCAGCUCCAAGUUCAAUCGGAGCAAGAUAAUCUCUGUGAUGCUGAAGAAAGAUGUGAGGGGCUGAUCAAGAGCAAGAUCCACCUUGAGGCAAAAUCCAAAGAGCUCACGGAAAGGCUGGAGGAUGAGGAAGAGAUGAAUGCUGAACUGACUGCUAAGAAGAGGAAGCUGGAGGAUGAGUGCUCUGAGCUGAAGAAAGACAUUGAUGACUUAGAGUUAACUCUGGCUAAGGUGGAGAAGGAGAAACAUGCCACAGAGAACAAGGUUAAAAACCUGGUAGAAGAGAUGGCUGGUCAGGAUGAAAUCAUUGCUAAGUUGACCAAAGAAAAGAAAGCCCUACAGGAAGCUCUUCAGCAAUCACUUGAUGAUCUUCAGAGUGAGGAAGACAAAGUCAACACUCUGACGAAGGCCAAGUCUAAGCUGGAGCAGCAAGUGGAUGAUCUUGAGGGGUCCCUAGAGCAAGAGAAAAAAGUGCGUAUGGACCUUGAGAGAUCAAAGAGGAAGAUUGAGGGAGACCUAAAGUUAGCCCAAGAAAGUGUCAUGGACCUGGAAAAUGACAAGCAGCAACUCGAAGAGAGGCUGAAAAAGAAAGAUUUUGAAAUCAAUCAACUGAAUGGCAAAAUUGAAGAUGAACAAUUGUUGAGUUCCCAGCUCCAGAAAAAAUUGAAGGAGUUACAGGCUCGCAUUGAGGAGCUUGAAGAAGAGCUUGAGGCAGAGCGAGCUGCUCGAGCUAAGGUGGAAAAGCAGAGAUCUGACUUGGCCAGGGAGCUGGAGGAGAUCAGUGAGAGGCUGGAGGAAGCUGGUGGAGCAACAUCUGCCCAGAUUGAGAUGAACAAGAAGCGGGAGGGCGAGUUACAGAAACUCCGCAGAGACCUUGAAGAGGCCACUCUGCACCAUGAAGCCACUGCUGCCACACUCAGGAAGAAACAAGCUGACAGUGUGGCUGAUCUGGGAGAGCAGAUAGAAAACCUGCAGAGAGUCAAGCAGAAACUGGAGAAGGAGAAGAGUGAGCUCAGACUGGAGCUGGAUGAUGUGGUCUCCAAUAUGGAACAUAUUGUGAAGGCAAAGAAUAAUUUGGAGAAAAUGUGCAGGACCCUGGAAGAUCAGAUGAAUGAAUACAAAACAAAGGCAGAAGAGGGACAGCGUACCAUCAAUGACAUCAACAUGCAGAAAACAAAACUUCAAACUGAGACUGGUGAACUUUCAAGGAGGCUUGAGGAAAGGGAUUCCCUGGUGUCUCAAAUGACCAGAGGAAAACAAUCCCACUCUCAACAAAUUGAAGACCUUAAAAGACAACUUGAGGAGGAAGUCAAGGCCAAGAAUGCUUUAGCUCAUGCAGUGCAGUCUGCUCGUCAUGACUGUGACCUGCUCAGGGAGCAGUAUGAGGAGGAGCAGGAGGCUAAGUCUGAAUUGCAGCACGGCAUGUCCAAGGCUAACUCUGAGGUGGCUCAGUGGAGAACUAAGUACGAAACUGAUGCCAUCCAGAGAACCGAGGAACUGGAGGAGGCAAAAAAGAAGCUGGCUCAGCGUCUGCAGGAUGCUGAGGAGGCUGUUGAAGCAACGAAUGCUAAGUGUUCGUCUCUGGAGAAGACCAAACACAGGCUGCAGAAUGAGAUUGAAGAUCUCAUGGUGGAUGUGGAGAGGUCUAAUGCUGCUGCUGCUGCUCUGGACAAGAAGCAAAGAAACUUUGACAAGGUCUUGGCAGAAUGGAAACAGAAGUUUGAAGAGUCUCAGUGUGAGCUGGAGGGCUCACAGAAAGAGGCCAGGUCUCUAAGCACUGAGCUUUUCAAAUUGAAGAAUUCAUAUGAAGAGUCUCUUGAACAUGUGGAGACCAUGAAGAGAGAGAACAAGAAUCUGCAGGAGGAAAUAUCUGACCUCACUGAGCAAAUUGGUGAGAAUGGAAAGAAUAUUCAUGAACUUGAGAAGAUUCGAAAACAGUUGGAGCAAGAGAAGUCUGAGAUACAAACCGCAUUGGAGGAAGCAGAGGCAUCUCUUGAGCAUGAGGAAGGGAAGAUUCUGAGAGCACAGCUUGAGUUCAAUCAGAUUAAGGCUGAUAUUGAGCGCAAGCUAGCUGAGAAAGAUGAAGAAAUGGAGCAAGCAAAGAGAAAUCAGCAGCGUCUAGUGGAUACUCUUCAGAACUCUCUUGAUGCCGAGACUCGCAGUAGGAAUGAGGCUCUCCGUUUGAAGAAAAAGAUGGAAGGAGACCUUAAUGAGAUGGAGAUCCAGCUGAGCCAGGCCAACAGGCAGGCGGCUGAGGCUCAAAAACAGCUUAAGGCUGUUCAUUCCCAUCUGAAGGAUGCCCAGCUCCAGCUUGACGACUCUCUUCGAGCCAAUGAAGAUCUUAAGGAAAACAAUGCCGUGGUUGAGAGACGCAACAACCUGCUUCAGGCCGAAGUAGAAGAGCUCAGGUCUGCUCUGGAGCAAACUGAAAGAGGCCGCAAACUUGCUGAGCAAGAGUUGCUGGAUGUUAGUGAACGGGUGCAGCUACUGCACUCGCAGAACACCAGCCUGUUAAAUCACAAGAAGAAGCUGGAGGCUGAUACAUCCCAGCUUCAGACCGAAGUGGAGGAGGCCGUGCAGGAGUGCAGAAACGCAGAGGAAAAGGCUAAGAAAGCCAUCACUGAUGCUGCCAUGAUGGCAGAGGAGCUGAAGAAAGAGCAGGACACCAGCUCUCACCUUGAGCGCAUGAAGAAGAACAUGGAGCAAACCAUCAAAGACCUGCAGCACCGUCUGGAUGAAGCUGAACAGAUCGCCAUGAAGGGAGGCAAGAAGCAGAUCCAGAAGCUCGAGGCCAGGAUCAAAGAACUGGAAUGUGAGUUGGAGGCUGAGCAGAAAAAGUCCAGUGAUUCUUUCAAGGGAUUACGAAAAUAUGAGAGACGAAUCAAAGAAUUGACGUAUCAGGCAAAAGAGGAUCGUAAGAAUAUUGCGCGUCUGCAAGAUCUGGUAGACAAGCUGCAACUAAAGGUCAAAUCAUACAAGAGAUCUUCAGAGGAAUCUGAGGAGCAGUCCAACACUAAUCUUGGCAAGUUUCGUAAGCUUCAACAUGAGCUUGAUGAAGCUGAAGAGAGAGCCGACAUCGCUGAGUCCCAGGUCAACAAGCUACGUGCUAAGAGUCGUGAUGUGGGUUCAAAGAAAGGACACGAUGAGGAGUGAAGCUCAUGGAAUGAAUUCUUAUUCUGAGGCACCUCAUGUCUAAAGGUGUCUCCCUAAGCAUGCUGGUUUUUCAGUAGAAUAAAAUGAAUCUGCAUCUCAAACUGUGCUUUGGCUUUUUUUGUUACCUAUCCAUGUGUUACUACUUUGGAACAAAAUAUUAAGAUAUUGGUGACACUUAUUAGCACAUGUUAUGUGUAGAACAUGUUCAUUAGUACUUAGUCAUGACUGAUAUUGUCAAAUCUAUUACAGCAUUGAAAAGCAUUUCCAUUUAUAAAUUAUAUCACAUGCAGAAUUAUAACCCCUAUGUAUAAUAUACAGUAAAAUUGUAGCUUAAAACCCAUCACUGAACAACAUCUAAAAUCGGAAACCUUAUGAGUAUGGUAAAUCAAUUUAAGUUGUAAUAUAUGUAGUAUCAUAUUCAGGUAGAUCAAUAUGUUUUUGGUUUACAUAACAACCUGUGCAGAAGGACCUGGUUGAAUCUUUAAUUAAUGUCUGUAUUUUCAUUAGUUGUAUACAUUUUAUGAUCAGUUUUUUGUCCAAAAAAGAAACAAACAUUAUAGUAUAUCAGAAAUAUGUCUUUGAAUCAAUAGUUAUUGAUGUACACUAAUGAUGUAGUGAUUAGUUAUGGAUAUCUUGUGUAUCACUAUUUUAAUAUUGUGUUCUUCUGACCAUACCUAGCAACACUGAUUAGGGGAAAUACAAUCUUAUUCUCCUUGAGUUAUGUUUAUAAGGUAUGAUUUGAAGCUGAGCUGUUGAUAGGCCUAUCACACGAAUGAGAAGAGUUUCAAUCAAUUUGUUAUAACAAGUUAUAGUUUGUUAUAAUAUUUGUUAUUUUCAUUAAACAGGAAAAUCUGUGAUCUGACACUUCAAUCGUAUAGACAGAAAUUACAUACCGUAUCAUUGUCAACAUCAUUAAAGAUCCUUUUUUGAAAUAUAAUAUAUAACAUAUAUUAGCGUAUUUUCUUACCUGUGAUACUGAGGUAGUCUUGCAGAAGGUGUCUUAUUCCCAAAUUGGUUUUGUGAUAAAAUAAAAG